CUCAUGGUUGAGGAUGUGCAUGGGCAUGAGGGUGAUGUGGGAUCUGUGGGAAAGGUUGUGAUGCACCCUCUCACGCACUGGGUGAUUGAUUCAGGUUGCACCAGUCACAUGACCCCACGGGCAGAUUUGCUUGAUGAGGUAAAACCCCCUGGGAAGAUCAAGUAUGUGGCAGCAGCGUCAGGUGCUUUGCUCCCCGUGAUUGGUAUUGGAAAUGCCAAGGUUAAGGGAGCUAAUGGGGAGCUUGUGGGGCUUGGGAAUGUUCUGCUGGUUGAAGGCUUGUCUGCUAACCUUCUCUCUUUGCGACGACUGCAGAAGAGCAAGGCCGAAGUGACCUUUGGACCAACCAGCUGCCGUGCUAAGCUUGGGAAGAAGGUGCUGUGGAGUCUGGAAGAGGAGACCAGCUGCAUCAAGGACCUGUGGCAGCUGCCCAUCAUCCCUUGGAAUGGGAAGACUCCAACAGCAGCAACGGCAGCAGCGGCAAAGGCAACAGCAGGAGGAGAUGCAACUGCACCAACUGAUGGGGUCCUGGAAGCAGUCAAGAAAGUGCAGCAGCAGCAGACACAUGGUGAGGUGCUUGCUGGUGUGGAUGCGAGUGCGGCAUGGGCUAAGGCUUCAUCAAGGAGUGGAGAGGCCGAUUGGGAGACAUGGCAUGAGAGGCUGUGUCAUGUGAACUUCCCUAUGCUGCAGAAGUUGGUGAAGGAUGGGAGCCUGAAGGGCUUGGAGGUGAAAGGGGGAGUGAAGGAGAUUGGGAGCUGCCCUACAUGCUUGGAGACCAAGUUCUCCAAGUUCCCCUUCAACAGCACUACAGGACCAGCCAAGACCCCACUUGCACUUGUGCACAUGGAUGUGGUGGGGCCCACAAGAGCCCCUUCCCUCUCAGGCAGCCGCUAUUUCUUGACAAUUGUGGAUGACCACACUCGGGCAGUGUGGGUUUACCCUUUGAAGAGCAAGGGGGAGGUGGCAGCGGCUGUCCUUAAGGAGUGGAUGCCUAGAGCUCAGAGGGAAUGCGGAUACAAGGUGAAGGUGAUCCGCAGUGACAAUGGUGGGGAGUUCAUUGGAGCUGAUUUUGAGGGGGAGUUGAAGAGGAAGGGGAUCCAGCAUCAACUGACAGUGCCCUACAACCCGCAGCAGAAUGGCGUGGCUGAGAGGUUCAACAGGACCCUGCAGGAGGGGGCACGCACUCUCCUUGGGCGUGCAGGGCUGCCUGAUCCGUUUUGGGUGUCUGCACUGAGGCAGGUCGCCCUUGUGAAGAACAGGGUGCUGGCUACAGUUGGAGAUAAGGAGUGGAUCCCAUAUGUCAAGUGGUAUGGGAGUGCUCCAACUGUGAACAUGCUGAGGGCAUUUGGGUGCAUGGUGGUGUUUCAUGUGCCUAAGGAGAAAAGGGGGAAGUUGGAGGCUUCUGGAAGAUGGGGUGUGCACUUGGGGAUUGCAAAGGAUCACAAGGGGUGGCUGCUAUGGGACUUGACCACCCAGAAGUUGACAGUGUCAAGGGAUGUGAAGUUUCUUGAGUCCCUAUACUACAAGGAAUGGAAGCAGCAGCAACAGAAGCUUCCAUCUACACCGCUCAUUGUGGAGGCAGAUGAGGUGCAGCAGCCUUCAAGACAGGUGGAGGUUGCAGUGUCAGAGGAGGAGAUGUCUGGGGUGACUGAGGAAGGGGGAGCAGCUGAAGUAGAGCAGCAGCAGCAGCAGCAGCAUGAGUCUCCACCUCGAGUUCCACACCCGCCUGAGCGUCCUAGGAGGGAUGUGCGCCCUCCAGUGAGGCUGACCUAUGGGGGAAGAGGCAAGCCGAAUGUGGUGCAGGCUGGGAGUGUGGUUGAGCAGAUUGAGGAAGAUGAGAUCGCUCACUGCUACUGGGCACCAAUCCCUGAGCCCAAGACUCGAGAGGAGGCUUUGAAUGGACCAAAUGGGGAGAAGUGGAAGGCGAGUGAGGAUGAGGAGUUUGGGUCCCUGAUUGAGAACGAGACAUGGGACCUGUGUGACUUGCCUCCUGGGAAGAAGGCAAUCACUUCCAAGAUGAUCUACAGGCACAAGUAUGGACCUGAAGGGGAGCUGACCCGCUACAAGUCUAGGCUUGUGGCACGGGGGUUUCAGCAGACAAAGGGGAAGGACUAUGAUGAGGUGUUUGCUCCUGUGGGGAAAGGAACAACACUGAGGGUGCUGUUGGCGAUAGCUGCACUCCUGGGAUGGAAGAUACGGCAGAUGGACAUUGUGACUGCCUUUCUGAAUGGGAUCAUUCUGGAGGAGGUGUACAUGAAGCAGCCAGAGGGGCUGGAUGAUGGGAGCGGCAGGGUCUGCAGGCUGAAGAAGGCCAUCUAUGGCCUUAAGCAGGCGCCUCGUGCAUGGUAUCACAAGUUGGAGGAGGCGCUGCUGGCUGGGGGUUUCAAGAAGAGUGAGUGUGACCCCAGCCUGUUCCUGCUGCAGGAGAAGGAUGAAAUCCUCAUGCUCUUGGUGUAUGUGGAUGAUAUCCUUCUCUUCUCUGCAUCAACUGCUUUGCUGGACAGCGCAGAGCAGAUGCUGGAGAUGCAGUUCAAGUGCUCCAAGAUGGGUGAGGUGAAGUACUACUUGGGGAUGCAUGUGGAGAGAGAUGUGGAGAAGGGUGUGCUGAGGUUGCACCAGAGGAAGUACUGUGAGGGGCUGGCUGAGAAGUAUGGGCUGCAAGAUGGGGGAAAGCCAGCAACACCACUACCUUCAGGGUUUACUGUGGAGCCAUGUGCUGAUGAGGAGGUAGUGGGUGAGAGUGACAGGAAGCUGUUUCAUUCGAUGGUUGGGUCGCUGAACUAUGCUGCAAAUCAUACACGGCCUGACAUUGCAUUUGCUACAUCACGGUUGGCUAGUGUGGUCUCACGCCCUAGUCAUGAGCAGCUGGAAGCGGCCAAGAGGUUGGUCCGCUAUGUGAGUGCUACGGCAUCAGUGGGAUUGGAGUACAGUGGAGUGAGGCAGCGGUUGCAGAGAGGUGCUGCAGAUGUGAAGAGUGGAGAGAUGCUCUUGAGUUGCUAUACUGACGCUAGCUUCAACUCAGUGAAAGCGGAUGGCACCAGCAUUGGGGGUUAUGUGUGCUUGCUAGGAGGUGGUGCUGUGAGCUGGCGCAGCAAGAAGCAGAAUGAGGUGGGAUUGUCCUCAUGUGAGACUGAGUACAUGGCCUUACACCAUGGGGCCAAGGAAGUGGUGUGGCUGAGGCGCUUGUUGGAGGAGUUGGGAGUUGGUCAGGAGGAGCCGACAGUUGUGUUCUGUGACAAUGAGUCUGCUGUGAAGCUCGCCAAGAAUGCUUGUCUGCAUGGGCUGACAAAACACAUAAGGCCUAAGUGGCAUUGGGUGAGGAGACUCCUUGAUAAGGAGGUGCGGCUGGAGAUAGUGAAGACCCAUCAGCAGGCAGCAGAUAUUUUCACCAAGCGUCUGGCGGAGGCGGAUCAUUGGAAGGGCAUGAAGCUUGCUGGGAUGAGUGUGCAUUGAGUAUGCAUGCUUGAGAUGUUGGCAUGGUGGAUGAUGGUUGGCAGCCAGAGGGGGAGAUUGUUGUGUGAUGUCAUCAUAUGCUAUCACAUUCUGUCUGCCUCCCAUCCCAUAUUUUUCAACUUGCAUGUGUGGUUUGAACGUGUGCAAGAAUUUGUGUGUGAUGUGUUCUGGAGUUUGGG